GGUUGCGCACUGUUGCUGGUUUGUUACUCGUGAGAAAAUGUUAACCGCUAGUUGACGUCGCUAUUUUUGAGGAUGUUUGGCUGAUUUGACGUCAAGCCUGGGGUACAAGUUUACUUCACUCGGACGGUGACUAAAAAGAUUACAUGGACCAUGAUCUGAGGUUUGAAAGACUGCAUUGCCAUGUCUCAGCCCGAGUCUGAAGUGACCGUUUGGGACUGGUUAAGUGGCCUUCGUCUCGAGCAGUAUUCCAGAGCAUUCCAGAUUGCAGGCCUGUCAUCCGUAGCAGAAUGUCAUAACCUCACACCAGAUCAGCUGGAGCUCAUAGGAAUAUCACUUCCGGGCCACCGGAGACGCAUUCUGGCCAGCCUGAACAAAACUCGAGAUCCCACCUCUCUGCAACUGGAAGCCCAGUCAGUCUUUGUACUGGCAGCGAGAGCAGAGCAUGAGCAAGCUAUGGAGGAGAAUGAACCUUUGGCUGGGGGCGCAAUAUCAGUCAUGCAGGAAAAACAUUUUCUGAACGAAGCUGAGAAAGAAAAUGCACGUACCCCUGAACCUGCACCCAGAUUAAGAGAGAAACCAGUCCCAAGGGACAGACAAGCAUCCAGAAUGAAAGAGGAAACUGGAGACACAGAGGUGAUGGUAACUCUUGAAUAUAAUGAAGAGGAAGAGGAUGUUGAUGCAGAGAAACAGAGGCCAGUUCCAAAAGAGAGGACAAGGUUCAACUCCAGUGCUCCAGUGCUAUUGGAGUCUCAAGCCAGCUCUCGAAUUUUCCCAUCUUGUGACACCUCUUUGCCACCGGUGCCCCCACGGAGCUCCUUGAACUGCCCGCCACAACGCUUCACAAUGACCCUGACACCCUCACCGCCGGUACAAAGCCCAACCACGCCUCAACACACCAAGGCGCUCAUCAAAGAGGCACCGGUACAGGUUCGAUCUUUGUCCUACACCUCAACCCAGAACCCCACACAAGAAACUCUCCACCCAUCUUGGGCCGCCACCUCCCGAACUGAGCCUCAGACAUCUUGCAUUCACCUACCGACUCGCCAUUCAAGAUCCGAUAAAAUGCCAGCUAUAUCGCCCAUUGCCCUCACCGUCUCCCCCAGGCAAGAGAGAAAUGCUCCACCUCUCCCUCCAAAAGCUGGGUCAUCAGCACCAAGAGGGCCCCCAAAAAUUCCAAGCAGGAAUCCUGUACGUCCUUCCAGAAUUGAAAGCCCUCCUCCUAGCAAGACCGAUGAGCACCUUCAAGACCAAACUCCGAAGGUUCUGCCUCGCAUCAUGACUUCUCAAACUCAAGAAGUCAUACAACAGUCAAGCCAACCUGCCUCUCAAGUAGCCCUGCCUGCUGAAAGAGUCCCCCAGCUUCCUCCGCAGACAACAUUCUGUCCACCAGAUACACGUUCAGAUGACUAUGAAGAAACGGACACAUGUUAUGCCACUGUUCAUCCAGUGAACCUUUUAGACAGGGAAAUGUCUCUGCAAGUCCCUCUGAAAGCAAAGGGGCGGUACAGUUCUUUGUGCAGUGAUGACGAGCUGUUAGAGGAUGACGAUCCUAGUGUUUGGGAAGAACCAGGCCUCGGCAGCCUGCAAGGCAGCAUCUUUCUGCCGAACGCUGGCAGACUGGCGUCACCCCCUAAAGAAGACAGCUCCCAGCUCGCUGCUGUCAUCAAGAUGGGCUGGCUUGACAAGAAUCCACCUCAGGGGGCCCUUUAUUAUCAGAGACGAUGGGUAAAGCUGGACGUUGACUUCCUGAGAUAUUUUGACAACGACAAGCAAGUGUACUCAAAGGGAAUCAUCUCGACCGCAUCGAUAACGAAUGUGACAAGUCUGGGAGAGCUGAAGUUUGAGGUCAUCACACACAAUCGCACUUUUAUCUUCAAAGCUGAAAGUGACGUUGAGAGAAAUGAAUGGGUGACUCUGCUGCAGGACUGCACAAGGGGGCGCCACCGACGCAGUGCAUUGAACCCUGGCGCGCCUUUGACGUCAGAGUUUAAAGGCUAUUUGGAGCUCAAAGGUCUACGCUCCAAACUUUAUACAGUUGUGGCUUCAGAUAAGGUCUUUCUCUAUAAAAAUAUGGAGGACUACCGUAUUGGAGUCGGCAUCACAUCAAUCGAGAUGAAUGUAGGAAAUGUUAAAGUCACAGAUCGCCGCAGUUUUGAUCUCACUACCCCUUACCGCAUUUUCAGUUUCAUAGCAGAGUCAGAGCAAUUGAGAGAUCAUUGGGUGGAUGCAAUGAGGGAUGCCAUAGGUGAGGCCUUGUCCAAUAGCGAGGUUGCUGAUCGAAUAUGGGCGGAGCCAUGCAACAGUUCCUGUGCCGAUUGCAGCGCUCCUAAGCCGGAAUGGGCGGCCAUCAACUUGUGCGUCGUGAUCUGUAAGCGAUGUGCAGGAGAGCACAGAGGACUGGGCCCUAACAUCUCGAAGGUCCGGAGUUUGAAAAUGGACAGGAAGGUUUGGACCGAGGAUCUUAUACAGGUGUUCCUCUUGCUUGGCAACAACCGUGUGAACAGUUUCUGGGCAGCAAACGUCCCACCCAGCGAGGCUCUGUCGCCCUCGAGCUGCAGUGAUGACCGGCGGCGUUUCAUCACUAACAAGUAUCGCCGUGGCAAAUAUAGGAAGUACCACCCUCUAUACGGAAACCAGAAAGAGCUGAAUAACGCGUUGUGCAUAAAUGUGCAGUGCAGUGAUGUGCUGGAAACAUUAAGGCUGAUUUUCUGUGGCGCUGAUGUAAAUUGUUCAACUGGCAUGGCCGAUUGUCCCACCCCUCUCUCCCUAGCCAACACACACUCUCAACCUUUGCAAGCCGUAUUACUGAGCCACAAUCUGAACACAGAUCUUCCUCGGUCAGAGGUGGACGGUGGCAUGGAAGAGGUGCCCUUUUCAGCUCCAACUUGUGUCUAUCACAAUGGCUUCCUUUUCAAAACAGGAUCUAUGGCUCGGGCUAUCACAGAACGCAAGGCCAGAGAGGAGUUCAGUCGUCGCUGGUGUACACUCAAUGACGGCACAUUCAGUUACUACGAGAGUGACAAGAACUCUCAUCCGAAUGGAGCUCUGAGAUCCUCCGAAAUAGUUUGCUUGGCUGUGGAUGUACCCGAGAAACACGGGUAUGAGCACACCUUCGAACUCUACUCUGAAUCAGAUCGUCUCUAUCUGUUUGGCACCGACGACCCAAGCAGCCACAAAGAAUGGGUGAAGUCCAUUGCCAAGAGCUUUAUCCCAGCCAAAGCAGAGCCUUUAUUGAGGUUAGGUUUUGAGCGGCUCGGGCGACUAAAAUAUAAGGAUGGCCUGAACCUGCAAACGUCCAAGGUGGGCUGGUUUGCCUUGGUGGACUCCACUCUUCAUGCUUACCUGGAGGACAGCCAGGAAGAAGAGAUACACCUUCGCAAACUUAAUGAGCUCUCGAUCCAACAAGAUAAUGAAGUACUAGUUUUGGUGGAGAGAGGAAGAACGCUGUACAUAGAAGGAGAGAGGAAGUUGGAUUUUGCUGGCUGGUGUGCUGCCAUCCAGUCUGCAGCAGGGAGUGGAGGCGACACUCUGAGUCAGCAGCAGCUGACCGAGACAGACAUACCAGUCGUAGUCCACAGCUGCAUUGACUACAUCACACAGUGCGGUCUAACAUCAGAGGGGAUAUAUCGCAAGAGUGGCGUGAACUCGCGUGUUGCCGCUCUGUGCGAGAGGUUUCGCCAAGAUGCUCGAAGCCUCCGCCUGAGGGAAGGGGAGCACCAGGUUGACGACGUCUCAAACACCCUCAAACGCUUCUUCAGGGAGUUAGAAGAAGGGCUUUUCACAUCUGAAGAUGGCGGCACCUGGCUUACUACGGCUGCCAUUCAGGAUGAAAGUAUGAAAAUCCCCCAGUAUCAGAUACUUUUGAACAAACUGCCUCGUGUUAACAGGGCAACACUACGGGCCCUUAUCAAUCACCUGUACUGUGUGCAGCGGUUCUCUGAGCUGAACCAAAUGAAUCUCCACAACCUGGCCAUCGUGUUUGGCCCUACAUUGUUCCAGACAGACGGAAAGGACUACACGGCAGGCCGUGCCAUCGAGGACCUCAUACAGUACUACACGCUUAUAUUCAAGGUGGAUGAGCUUCAGCUGAAAAAACAACUGGAAGAGAUCACGGUUAUCAUACAAGUGCGCGAGAAAUUGAACACAAAAUUUCCUAGCACUGAACCCGGUGGGCAUUUCAUCUGCACAGUUUACUUAGAGGAAAAGAAGGACACCACUGAGCAGCAUGUGAAGAUCCCUGCAUCUAUGACGGCAGCAGAAUUGACCUGUGAAAUAUUGGACAGGCGCAACAUCUCCGUGAAAGACAAAGAGUACUGGAACUGCUGGGAGGUGAUUGACAAGGAAGAAACGGAACGCCCUCUGCACUAUCGGGAGAGAGUCUUACCCAUCCUUCACUCCUUUGGCACCGACUCCCAUCUUCUCAUCAAGAAGCACAUUGCUAUGGAAGCAAUGAUCAUCUAUUUGGCCAGUAAAGUUGACCCAUCCAAACAUGGCAUGAUGAAAUUCCGAGAAGAGAGGAGCAUCCUUGGGUUGGGGCUGUCCUCGGGCAGUUUCCAUGACCGAUAUUUCAUUCUCAACUCCAGUUCACUGCGGAUGUACAAAGAAGUCAGAAGUAACCGUCCGGAACGUGAUUGGCCAGUCAGGAACCUGAGGGUCUAUUUGGGUAUCAAGAAGAAACUCCGUCCUCCAACAUGUUGGGGCCUGACCGUGGUCCACGAGAGUAAGAAACAAGAGAAGGCUGAGAGGCAGCAGUGGUAUCUCUGCUGCGAGACUCAGCCCGAAAUGAGGGAGUGGUACGCUACUUUUCUGAGUAUUCAGAAUGACGGCGACGUGUGGCCUCAGGAUGGACUCCAGCCGAGCCGCGCGAGCCGCGCGUUGCCCGACACGCGUCACGGUAACGUGUCACUGAUACCGCUGCGCGGCAGUGAGAAUGAGAUGCGGAACAGCGUAGCCGCUUUCAGCCAAGAUCCGCUUGCUCUGUUUAGAGACAUUCGAUAAUGGAGGCUCCAAGAAAGGCAGGGCAAGUGUUCGGCGUCAUCAGGUGACCUCACCUCUCUCCAGUGACAUCAUCAGUGUGACACUGUGGACCAGAAUGAAGAAAGAGCAGGAAGUGAAGAGAACCAAAAGAGCCAUUCUUCUAGUAUUUCCCCCUGCACAGUUGAAAUGUGUACUUGAAUGUUUUUUUGGACACUUUGAGGAAGGGGUUUUCAUCCCCGACGGGCUCCUGAAUGGCUUCCAUCUCGGCAAGAGUCAAGUGCGCAUGGAUGUGCGCCUCCCACAUUGCAUUGCAUCAUGGACCAUAAGCAUUAAAGCACACCCUGAAGGAAACUUUAAUUCCUAUUAUGCAUUUCUUUUGAAGGAGGAUUUAACCGGGUUGCUUGAAGGCGCUCGCGUUUGGCUGCCUUUUGUUCUUUUUUCCAUUGUGUACAUAUAUAUAUACAGUUCGAUGAUCAUCCUGCAGUUCAAAAUUCAACCAUGGCCAUUUUAAGGAAAGCGUCAUGUUAAUGUGAUGGCGAAGGUGGACUACUUUAUUUCAAGUCACCCUCCUGCCCUCUUACUUCAGAUUUGUGGACACACACGCGAUCCUCACGGGCAAUAUAAUGGUAAUGAUCAAUGUUUACUCUUGUAGUGAGUUCUGAAACAAUCUCUUAAGUCUGUGACUGCUCUCGACUACACCACUAGCUUGUCGAGCGAAACCUGUAGGUCAAUUCCCUCUUGUGAAUUGUUCUUAUUUAUUUAGGUUCCAAAGGAUGCAAGAUAGAGUGCUGUCUUUUUUCUUUGUUUUUUAACCAUGUGAAGCAUAGUGUGUGUGGGAGGGAAAAAGAAAACUAUGUACCUGAGUGUGUUGAUUGUAACCCAGCAGCCCUCAUGUCAAUCCAUUUUAGAGCAUUCUUAAUUUCAUCAACUAUGAAAUACAAAUCAUUGUCAGAAAUGGAGGUUGUUUUGCCCUCUAAAGUUAUCAAAUGUUGUGUGCGCUGAACGAAAAGCAGUCUUUUUCAUGUUCUGAGACAUAGUACAGAUGGAAUGUUUGUCAUUCUGAUAUUUAUUUAUUGUUAGGAUACUUGUUACAAGUAGGGUUUUUUUUCUACUUUAUAAAGGUAGCUCAAAUUUCCAUAAGUGUACUUAAUAUGAAUGUCGAUUUGGGGGGAAAAAAGAUGUCGAAGAUUAUUACAUAAU